GGAAAAGGAUGCCGUGAGCUUCAAAUGUCUCUUGUUUUAGGGCUUGGUAUGCUCAAAAGUGAUUUGAAGAAGCGAAGUAAAGACUGUAAACUAUUGAUUAACAUAAAGUCUGUUUAAGCCCCGAGUCCUCCCCGCAGAGCUCCGGCCCCAUUCAGAAACCGGCAGUGGAGCCCCGGGGUGGGGCCGUAAGCUCACCGUCGGACCAGUGCGGGGCAGGGCGCAGCUUGCCUGAACCCGUCUCUCUGCCUCGUCAACGCAAGCUGCAUGCGCAACGUCAAGCUGUCCAGCAGUCCAGUUCCACACGGAGCUAUCAACCAACACUAUUUCUCAACAUCACCACUUCCAACCGACAGUGCCACGAUCUCAAUUUCACAAUAUCCAAAACCGCACAAAUCGUAUAACCACAGAGAAAUAGCCCAGCAAUGUCUAUUAUCCAACAACACACCGAGUCCUCGCUCACCGAUGCCUGGCGCACCAUCAACAUCGAUGCCCUCGACCCCGACUCCUCCCAGAACUUCCCUCUCUCCACCCUCCACCCUCCCCAGCCCGAAUUCUCCGACCAAGACGCCCGCAACCUCCAGUCUCAGAUCCGCCAGCUCCUCCAAGCGGGCGAUGCCGAGGGCGCGCUGCGGUCGGCUCUCGAGAAUCCAAUUUACAAUGCUCCAGAUCUGGCCAAGGAAACGCAUCUGCAGACCGUCAUCGAGGUGCUGCAAAGGAUCAAGGUGAACGAGAUGACGCCUCUUUUGCAAAAGAUCUACAAUGAUGAUAGGGGUAGCGAGAGCUUGGACGUGUUGAUGAAGUACUUGUACAAGGGUAUGGCGGCCACGUCGAGCGGUAUCUCCAGCCAGCACACCGGCAACGGCCCGAGAACACCAACCAAGUUGAUGACGCCCCAGGCAACGGGGUUCACUCAGAUUGGCAACAGGUCCGGGAUAACAUCCGGAGACUCCACCGGCGCCGCCAUGAGCGUCUUGCUUAGUUGGCAUGAGAAGGUGGUGGAUGUGGCCGGGCUGGGGUGCAUUGGGAGAGUCAUGACUGAUUUCCGGAGGGUAUAAGACAGUUGCAUUGUACAUGCGAAUUCCAGGAAACAGGCGGAUAGAACAGUGUAGGGGAAUAUUUUUACAAGGCGUUUUCAUGAGCGACAGGCCAAAAUACAAUGACAUUGACGACG